GGGAAUGAUACAGUGAGAGUGUAGCGCUGGCUUGUACUGAGGCAGGUAGCAGCCUGACCCAGCUCGGGACAGACGAUAGGAAGGGUUUCUGCCUUCCUUGGUUGUGAUGUCAUCUGUGUAAGUUACCAUGCCGACUGAAGGAGAACCUACAACGUUUGCCAAACUUCUGCACCUGAUGUUCCUCUCCACCUUCUGGGGAAUGCAGAUAUGGGUCACAUUUAUAUCAGGUCUGAUCAUGGGCAGUAACCUCACGAGACACACAUUCGGCUUCAUUCAGAGCAGACUUUUUCCAUACUACUUUCACCUUGGAUCUUUCUGUGCCUUCUUUAAUUUAACCAUCUUUGCAAUGUAUCAUCCCAGUGAGUUGUUAACUGAAGAAGAGACAUUUCAGAUUAUUGUUCUUUUCAUCUGUGUGACUGUUGCUGGGCUCAAUGCACAAUGGUUUGGUAAGAUAACUUCUGAAAUCAUGGCUGAUAUGCAUCUGAUUGAACAGAGCUGUGGACUGGGGAAGGAUAUUGGAUUGUCAACCAACAGAGAGGCUUAUAACAAGCUGAAGGAGAGUAACCCCAAAUACAAGAAGUUUUCACAUCAACUAACCCUGUAUCACAAUACUUCCUCUUUAUGCAAUCUGUGUUGCAUCAUCUGUAAUGGGAUAAGUUUGUACUACAUGGCAGCCAAUUUAUCCACAUUAUGAAAGUGUUUUCAGUACAAUAUUUUAAAGGCUCAGUGUUGAAUGGUGAAAACUUCAUUUACAAAUAAUGGAAGGCUGAAAAGUAAACUAUUUUGUUGUAUUGUCUGACGGUGGACAUUAAAUCCAGUAUGAUCUCUCCAAUAAUUAUGCAUUUUUAAAAGUGUUCAUGCUAUUAUUUGCAAUAUUUUAGAACAAAAAUCAGUGGCAAGUAGAAAAUUUUAAAUUUGAAGCAUCGCUGUUGAUAUUCAUUAGCAAAGACAAGUCUAGGGUGAUAAAUCUGAAACAAAAACUGAAAUAGCAGGAGAAUCUCAGCAGGUCUGGCAGCAUCUAUGGAGAGAAAGUGUCAAUGUUUUGGGUCUAGUGACCCUUAAACAUUGAUUCUGCUUUCUCUCCAAUCUUUAAGGGCCACUGGACCCAAAAUGUUGACUCUCUCUCCAUCGAUGCUGCCAGACAUGCUAAAUUUCUCCAGCGAUUUCUGGUUUUGUUUCCGAUUUCCAGCAGUACUUUUAUUUUUUUUAGGGUGGGAAAUGUUUAGUUCUAUUAUAGUUUGACUUACUGUAGUUUACCCUGUGUUAUAAUGCAUAUGUGUAAAUAGGCUGUCAUACUUUUCCAUAUCCACAAAUUGUGAUUGAAUAAAGUUUAGGAGCUCCGCAAUGGGAUCUUUGAGUACAGCCAAGGGGAAUUUGCCAGUGUAUAUAUUAAUUGUGAAUUAAUUUUUAUAUGCUCUUUGUCAAUGAGAAUCCUGUUAUUAGAUGGACUCUUUGUUAGCCUGAAUCUGAUGUAUGUGAAAUUAGAACAGGUUAUAAAUAACUUUUCUAGGAACUUAGAACACUAGAAGAGAUUUGUGAUCCAUAUGUCUAGUCCCAAAAUUCAAAACCGUGUCCCACACUAGUCCAACUCUUAAUUCUUUUAUCCAAAAAAUUUUAAUGUACAUCAUACCAAUUUGAUAACAGUACAUAACUUUUUAGGGCAUUCAUGUGUACGUAUAAUUUUGUAUAAGAUGUAGAUUGAAUGUAUUGUAUCAAAAACACUAAUGAUUUUCCAAUGUUGAUAAAGAAUAUUUUGUCACCCUUUC